CGCGCAUGCGUGGACCGAUCGCGUCUUCCGGAAGUAGUGACUUUGCAGACGACCAAUAAUGGCGGACUGAACUGUGGUGGCUUUCUGAAGAAGUUUAAAAUCUACGAUUUAAUAACGAUACAGAUUUACAAAGGUAGUUUUUUCCAAAGCACUCGAAAGCGAAGUUGAGUUUGGAGUGAUGGAGUGUUAGCUGAAGUGAAGAUUGAAGACGUGAUAGAAGAUGGACAACUGCUGCUAUGCUAAGAUGGCGACGUCAUGUCAAAGAGAAAGUGAAAGAGAAUCAGAAACUUCCAGCAAAUCACCAACGGAGAUAAAGCCCAAAAAUGAAGACGUCCAGCAGCUGAUUGGUCAUCCUGAAGGACUUCCGCCUCAGCUGCAGGAAGGAAGUUCCACUUUGAAGCAGGAGACUCCACAGCUGCUUCACAUUAAAAAGGAAGAGGAGGGAGAGUGUCUUCAGUGGUCAGAGGAAGGUGAUACCACCAAGUUGCCACUGACUGUUGUCUCUGUGAAGACUGAGGAUGAUGAAGAGAAACCACAAGUGGACAACCUCUUAGCUCCACUAUCAGAUAGUGAGGCUGAAGAUGAGGUUGAAGUAACUUUGAGCAGCGAUACGGACUGUGAAGGUGAUAUGAGGACUCACGCUGACAACAAACACGCCGACUCUUUUAAAAAGAAGACGUGCAAAAACACUUUGAGCUGUUUAGUUUCUGGUACAAAAUGUUCUAAAAAGAGCAGUUUGACUGAAGACACGAGAGCACACACAGAAGAAAAAACGUUAGAUUGUUCAUACUGUGGUAAAAGCUUUAGUUACAAGAGCAGUUUGACACAACAUCUGAGAACACACACGGGAGAAAGACCAUUUGAUUGUUCAAUCUGCGGGAAAAGCUUUUCACACAAGAGCAGUGUGAUUCACCACAUGAGAACACACACCGGCGAAAAACCAUAUAAUUGUACGGUUUGCGGGUCGGGCUUUACUAAAGACACCCAUUUGACCCGACACAUGAGAACGCACACAGGAGAAAGACCAUUUGAUUGUUCGGUCUGCGGUAAAAGCUUUUCACACAAGACCAGUUUGACUCACCACAUGAGAACACACACAGGGGAAAAACCAUUUAAUUGUACGGUUUGCCAUAAGAGUUUUUCUCAAAAAAACAAGUUGACUCAACACCUGACAACGCACACAGGAGAAAGACCGUUUGAUUGUUCACAUUGUGGCAAAAGCUUUUCUCACAAGACUGGUUUGACUGAACACAUCAAAUCGCACGCGGGAGAAAAACAAUGCGUUUGUCCAGUUUGCAGCAAAAGUAUACACAGGAGCAGUUUGGCGAAACACAUGAGAACGCACAGCGGUGAAAGACCAUUUGAUUGCUCAGUAUGCGGUACAGGCUUUACCCAACAAUGUCAUUUGACUAAACAUAUGCGCACCCACACGGGAGAAAAACUAUUCAAUUGUUCAGUUUGUGGUAAAAACUUUACCCAGCGGUACCAUUUGACACAACACAUGAGAACACACACUGGAGAAAAACCGUUUAGUUGUUCAGUUUGCUGCAAAAGCUUUUCUCACAGUGGAAAUUUGCCUCAACACAUGAGAACGCACACUGGAGAAAAACCUUUCAAAUGCUCAAUUUGUAGAAAAAGCUUUUCCAGCAAACUCAAUUUGACUCGACACAAAAUGAAACACGUGGGAUAAAAAGAACACACGUCUCUUUGAAGCAUACGCUAUUCUCAAGGUAGCAUGACAUAUUGUAAAUGUAGUCCUCUAAUUCACAGAGAACACUUUUUAUCGACACAUUUUGACUGAACACAUUUGUCAUACACCGUGGAGGAAACCCUUUCAGUCGUUCAUUUCGCCGCCAAAGACGUAGUUGAUGAAAUGUCCAAUGAGAACAUACACAGUUGGUCGCCCAGAAGACAGAUAAGACACAUAACAACAUACACAGAGAAAAACUAUUUAUUUGCUUGGUUUGUGGUAAAACAUUUGAACAGAGACUAGGUUCUAGAUUCUCUUUUGUUCCAAAGUAGUCGUGGUCUCUCCGCCAUGAUUAGUGGCAGCAAACAUAGAACUCUCUCCAUGCUGUUGUUGAAAGUAGCUCGAGAUUGCAUCAAUGCGCCCAGAUACUAAAUUGCUGAUAGAGUACUUAAAAUAACCGAAAUAGUGUAUUUAUAACAAGUUAUAAAUAUGUCUGUCGCUAAUUGUGUAUAAAAUUAUGUUUGUGUGUUUUUAGAUAUUUUUAAAGGCUUAUUCGUGGCAUAGUUGACUCCCCAUUAGCCUCAUGCUCGGUUUUCAAGUAUUGCCACCCCCGCCCGUCCCUUCUCGCUAUUUGCAACGCCAGAGUGGAAGAGAGUCCAGCCCCUCUCCAGAGGACCGGUUCCAGACCCCUUGCUGUACGUUGAAUUAGGUUAGACUAGAAUCAGCCGGAACUUCUCCACCUGGCGCUCAAGCUCCCGACCCCCCCAGGGAGUUGACGUUCCACGUCCCAAGAGCUAGCUUCUGUAGUCCAGGAUCAGACCUCCGAGGACCUCUACAUGGGGCCAGGCGCUUGCCAUUGAGCCUUACCUCCAAGCUUGGCUCUACAAGGGGGACCCGGGUGACCCGCUUUUGGGCGGGAAAAUCGGUCUUUCUCAUAAAUGACUUUGAGCUGCUCUUUUUCUGGUCCCUCACCUAAGACAUGUGACAUGCACACUCCCCUACAACCAUCAGGUGGCAGAACAGAGAGGUUUUUCAUUACAAAAUGUACUAUGUAAAAACUAAUGUAAUGUGUUCCAAUAGGAAAAAUGCACUUUAAAAGUUAUAAAUAGCCACUAUUUUUCAUGUCUUUUACUGGGGUAACAAAAUGGCCAAAAAUAUAAUGGAAGUAUCUGGUAUCGCCAAUCAGUACUUGGCAUAUGAAGAGGAGGAGAAGAAAAGGAGGAUAGACCGUAACAGGGGUGUCAAACAGGUUUUCUAUUGUGAAGUGAAGUGAAUUACAUUUCUAUAGCGCUUUUCUCUAAUGACUCAAAGCGCUUUACAUAGUGAAACCCAAUAUCUAAGUUACGUUUAAACCAGUGUAGGUGGCACUGGGAGCAGGUGGGUAAAGUGCCUUGCACAAGGACACAACGGCAGUGACCAGAAUGGCGGAAGCGGGAAUCGAACCUGCAACCCUCAAGUUGCUGGCACGGCCACUCUACCAACCUCAGAGGGUCACAUUAAUGGAUGUGGUGGACUACGAUCAAUGACAUCCCAGACCACAAGAAAUGAUCUGAUGGACAAAAAUAAAUGAUGUGGAAGACCAAUUAAAUGAUGUGCCUGACCACGUUCAAUAAUGUGACCGGCCAAAUUAAAUGGAGGUGGCAGACUAUAUUAAAGGGGAACAUUAUCACAAUUUCAAAAGGGUUAAAAACAAUAAAAAAUCAGUUCCCAGUGGCCUGUUGUAUUUUUUGAAGUUUUUUUCAAAAUUUUACCGGUCCCCGAGUAUCCCUAAAAAAAGCUAUAAAGUGCUUUAUUUUCGCUAUUUGCGAUGCAACUUUCCAUUUCCCUGUGACGUCACACAGUGCUGCCAAUGUAAACAAACAAUGGGAAUACCACAGCAAGAUAUAGUGACAUUAGCUCGGAUUCAAACUCGGAUUUCAGCGACUCAAGCGAUCUAACAGAUUAUGCAUGUAUUGAAACGGAUGGUUGGAGUAUGAAAGUAUUGAAGAAGAAACUGAAGUUAUUGAGCGAAUUGACGCUAUUCAUAGCCAUAGCAUGGCCGAAUAGCUGCGUUAGCAUCGCGGGUAAAAUGUGCGGACCAAACGAUCAGGACUUUCGCAUCUUGUGACACUGGAGCAACUUAAAUCCUGUGAUUGGUUAGAGUUUUUCUCGCAUUAAAUGUGGGUGGAAGGAAACGUAAUAUAGUUGCAAAUGCAUCUGCAGGUUAUCCAUACAUCUCUGUGCCAUGUCUGCUUUAGCACCGCCGGUAAAUAGCAUGUUAGCAUCGAUUAGCGUAGCAUGUUAGCAUCCAUUAGCUGGCAGUCAACAUCAACAAAACUCACCUUUGUGAAUUUGUUGACUUUAUCGUUGCAAAUGCAUCUACAGGUUAUCCAUACAUCUCUGUGCCAUGUCUGCUUUAGCACCGCCGGUAAAUAGCAUGUUAGCGUCGAUUAGCGUAGCAUGUUAGCAUCGAUUAGCUGGCAGUCACGCCGCAACCAAAUAUGUCUGAUUAGCACAUAAGUCAACAUCAACAAAUCUCACCUUUGUGAUUUCGUUGACUUUAUCGUUGCAAAUGCAUCUACAGGUUAUCCAUACAUCUCUGUGUCAUGUCUGUCUUAGCAUCGCCGGUCAAAUGUGGAGACACUCUGGCACAUUCAAUGGGGGUCUGGCGGCAGACACUUUGGCAUCUUGGGGCCAGUGGUGCAACUUGAAUCCCUCCCUGUUAGUGUUGUUACACCCUCCGACAACACACCGACGAGGCAUGAUGUCUCCAAGGUUCCAAAAAAUAGUCGAAAAAAUGGAAAAUAACAGAGCUGAGACCCGGUGUUUGUAAUGUGUUGAAAAUGAAAAUGGUGGGUGUGUUACCUCGGAGACGUCACGUUCUGACGUCAUCGCAAAAAGAGCGAUGAACAGAAAGGCGUUUAAUUCGCCAAAAUUCACCCAUUUAGAGUUCGGAAAUCGGUUAAAAAAACAUAUGGUCUUUUUUCUGCACCAUCAAGGUAUAUAUUGACGCUUACAUAGGUCUGCUGAUAAUGUUCCCCUUUAACUAACAUGGCGGACCACAUUACUUAAUGUGACGGGCCACAUCAAAUGAUGUGAAAGACUACUUUUGAAUAAUGUGACGACCACAUGAAAUGAUGUGGUGAACCCCUUUAAAUAAUGUGAUGGACUUAAAUAAAUGAAGUGGCAGACCACUUUAGAUAUUGUGACAGACUAUAUUAAAUUACAUGGCGGACUGCAUUAAACUAUGUGGCUGAAUUUAAGUUUUGAACCUGAUGUAAAACGGCGUCACGGGCGUGUUAUCAGGUCUGACUCUGCAGCCGCCCUUUUUCCUUUGUUCACUGAGUCCAUGCAGAGUUUAGCACACCCUGCAGACACUGAACUAUUGAUGUGCUCUUUUCUUCCGACAUGUUCUGAUAUUCUGGAUAGUAUAGCGCCCCUCAGAGCUAUACGUCCCAAACCAAAACAGGAGUCAAUGAAAGCACACUCACAGCUCGGCGUGAGUGGCGAAGGGCGGAGCGCAAGUGGGAAGGGGAUCACUUAAAGUCUCCUAUCAAAUUUUAAAAGAAAACUGUCAAAAUUAUCUAAGUGUGGUUAAAGCUGAGAAAACUAAAUAUUUGUCAGACUUAGUUUUAAAUAGUAUCAGCAAGCCACGUGUUCUUUUUAAUACUAUUAGUUCUGUUCUUAAUCCGAAUCCAGCCACUUCACUGGAGAUGACAAGUGAAACUUGGGAAAAAUGUCUCUCCUUUAUUAACGACAAGGUUGCUUCUAUUCGGGCAAAUCUUUCUCGUUUCCCUUUGAGUUCUAACGUGGCCACUCAGUGCUCGGCUAUGUUCUGUCACUUUGAGCCUGUGUCCAUGCCUGAGCUUACAAUCCAAUCCACUUUAUUUAUAUAGCACAUUUAAACAACAAUAAUGCUUCCAAAGUGCUGCACAGCUAUGUUAAAAACAAUUGUAAAAAAAAAAAAAAAGAUAAAUUAAAUAAAAUUAAAUAAAAAAGUAUAUAUAUGUAAAGUAUAUAUAUUAUGCUCCACCAAUGACUGAAUAAAACAGGACUAGUCCAGAAGCUAAAACCCUCGUCAUGUCCCACAGACCCAGUCCCCCCUCGCUUUUUUAAAUAAAUCUGGGACACUAUUGACUUAUCUGUGGGACGGAUCAUCAUCAUCAACGGCAGCUUGAUUUCUGGCUGUGUCCCCUCUUUUUGUAAAAGAGCUGUUGUUGAGCCUUUGAUUAAAAAAACAAAUCUUGAUCCGACAAAUUUGUCAAAUUAUCGGGCCAUUUACAAAUUUACCUUUGUGUCAAAAAUUUUGGAGAAAUGUGUUUUUUAGAUGAAAAUAGCACUUUAGAUCCAUUUCAGUCUGGAUACAAAGCUUGGCACAGUACUGAAUCUGCACUUUUAAAGGUUUUUAAUUACUUGCUUUUAAUGUCUGAUUCUGGCAGCUCUGCCAUUUUAGUGCUUUUAGAUCUUUGACACAGUCCACCACACAAUUCUUUUAGACCGCCUGAGAGACUGUGUGGGUGUCAGGGGGACUGCGUUACAGUGGUUCAGAUCCUACCUGUAUGAGAGGUCCUUCUCUGUCAGGCUGGGAGACGCCACCUCUUAUUCUUCCCCGCUUUACUGUGGUGUCCCUCAGGGGUCUAUUUUAGGCCCCAUCCUGUUCGCUCUUUAUCUCCUUUUUAAGAAACAUGGAGUGUUUUAUCACUGAGGUAAAGUCCAAAAAGGCACGCAUCGAGCGCCCAGAAGCUAAGACGGAACUUAGCAGCCAAAAACGGACCAGAUCAUCGAACGUGAGUGUUUGCAAAAAGCAAGUGAAGAACUCCGACCGAACAAAGGGAGGAGGCAGGUAUAAAUACAGAAACGGUAAUCAAAAACAGGUGUGCGCCGGCCGUCAGUGCAGGUGGAACAAAUGAAGUCGCUAUGGUGAUGAAUACAAACAAGGAAGUGCUCAAAUACUGGGAUCGGCAGAGUGCAAAACGUGAUCAAAACAUACACAAAAGCAAACAACAAACGAUCCAUGUAGUGGAUCGUAACAAUUUUUGGUUGAAAAAAAGAGAUAAAGAAGUAAAAUACAGCACUAUUUCAUCAGUUUCUGAUGUAUUAAAAUAUUGCCCAUUUGUAGUGGUCUUUCUUCAACUAUUUGGAAAAAAAUAUGUAAAAAUAACUAAAAAAUAAACAAGUGAUUCAAUUAUAAAUAAAGAUUUCUACACAUAGAAGUAAUCAUCAACUUAAAGUGCCCUCUUUGGGGAUUGGAAUAGAGAUCCAUCUGGAUUCAUCAAUUUCAUUCUAAACAUUUCUUCACAAAAAAUGAAAUCUUUAACAUCAAUAUUUAUGGAACAUGUCCACAAAAAAUCUAGCUGUCAACACUGAAUAUUGCAUUGUUCCAUUUCUUUUCCCAGUUUAUGAACUUACAUUCAUAUUUUGUUAAAGUAUUAUUCAAUAAAUAUAUUUAUAAAGGA